UGGGUUAAGAAGGAUCACUCACGUGCGGUACCAGAGAUUAGAAAGAUGUCUCCUAAAAAAGAUAGAAGUGCAAAAUCUUUUAAGCUAGAUCUUCUAUUUUUCCGUCGAUUUUUGUGCUGCCUGAAGAUCAUCUUCCCAAGAUGGCUAUCCACCACUACUCUUCUUUUUCUAAUCCUGCUCGGCUUGUCUCUGGCUGAACAAAUGCUCAUCUACAAUACUGGCCUCAUUCCAAGUCAGUUCUACGAGGUCCUUGGUACCAGAGAUAAGGAAGAUUUUCGUUCUUUGAUUGUCGUUUCUCUAAGCUUUAUCAUCGGUACAGCUUUGGGGAAGAGCUUAGUACAGUAUGUGAGUAAUCUGUCUUACGUAAAAUGGCGAAGUUUACUCACUCGAUACCUUCACAAAGGCUACUUCAACCUCGACUCAUAUUACAACCUGAACGUGCUAGAGCAAAGCAUAGACAAUCCAGAUCAACGGAUAACUCAAGAUGUGGACCGUUUUUGCAAGCAAUUCAGUCAAAUCAUAGCAUCUCUGAUCAUUUCUCCCUUCACCAUCGCCUAUUAUACGUACCAGUGCUAUUCCAGUGCAGGGUAUAUUGGUCCAGUCAGUAUUUUUGGGUAUUUCCUGGUCGGCACCAUCAUCAAUAAGCUUAUCAUGUCUCCUAUUAUUUCACUGGUUGUCAGGCAGGAAAAACUUGAAGGGGAUUUCAGGUUUAAGCAUAUGCAGAUACGAGUAAACUCAGAGGCCUUAGCCUUUUACAGAUCGGGAAUGCUGGAAGAAAGAAGGACCAACGGAAGACUCCAAAACCUACUAAAUAUCCAACAAAGAUUGGUUAACUAUGAGUUCUUCCUCAACUUCUCUGUCAACUUUUUUGACUACGUUGGAGCGAUACUCAGUUACAUUAUCAUUGCUAUUGCACUUUUUGCUGGAAAAUAUGAUGCCUUGUCACCGACAGCUCUGAGCGCUGAAAUAAGCAAGAAUUCAUUUGUGUCAAUGUUUUUGAUUGGCUGUUUCACCCAGUUGAUUGAUCUGUCCAAUUCAGUGUCAGACAUGGCUGGCUAUACUCACAGGAUUGGAGAGUUAAUAGAAGCCUUGAUGAUAAAAGAAAAGAAAGGUGAAGACAAAAGCCUUAAAAGUAGUUCUGAAUCCUUGGACAUGUUGCGGACUGGUUGUAUCUUUCAACUGGAAUCUGUUUCUUAUGCAGCACCCAAGUCGUCUGAGCUUCUUGUGAGAGAUUUAAAUCUUAACAUAAUUCCUGGUCAAAACAUCCUGAUUACUGGGAAGACUGGCUCUGGGAAGAGUUCUUUGCUGAGAGUGAUGAGUAACCUGUGGAAGCCAGUUUCUGGUACAGUUGUCAGGAAUCUCUCAUUUGAUCCCAGCAAUAUAAUAUUCUUACCCCAGAGAGCACUGUUGUCAGAUGGCUCUCUCAAACAGCAAGUUAUCUAUCCAUAUGACAAACCAAUAGAGCAGAGAUACCAAGAGAAUGGUCAGAUAGAUGAUGAGAAAAUUCUGAGCAUUCUUGAGGAUGUUGGCCUUACUGCUGUGUGCCGUCGUGUAGGAGGGAUUGAAGAGAAUAUCGAAGGCAACUGGGAAGAUAUGUUAUCCCCAGGUGAGAUGCAGAGGCUGGCAUUUGCUCGUUUGUUCUACCACAAGCCUGUUAUUGGCAUGAUUGAUGAAGCUACCAGUGCAUUGGAUACAAAGACAGAGAAAGAAAUGUAUGAAAAUUGCAAGCAGUUGGGGAUCACACUUGUGAGCAUUGGACACAGAGAGACUUUGUUUGAGUACCACCAGUUGAAUCUUUGGUUGUCAGGAAAUGGGGAUUGGGACCUGAGGGAAAUAUAGAACACUGUAUCCUUUUCCAACACCUCGUAUCUUCUAGUUUAAAGUAAAUUUAAUGUCUUAGUCUUACUCACAGUACAACUGUGCUAUGAUUUACCUGUACUGCAUGUCUCUGAACAUCGUCAACACUAAGCAGUUAUCUUCUGCAUAACUGUAUUCAUUUCGAAAUAUAUAGUUAAUUCAAUACUAAACUUAUAUCCUAGCUAAUAUAUGGAUAUUAAUUUUAAAAGUAUUUUUUUACAACAACAUAAUAUAGAUUUGCAUAUAGAAGAGACUAAUUUGGAUUAUUACAUACAAAAAGAUUAUUAUAUUUUAUUAUAAAUAGAGUUAUGAUGUAAUAUCAGUUUUAAAGGGUGAAAUUUAGAGUGAUUUCCAUGAUGGGGAAAAUUGGGCAGACUGUUUUCAUCAACAGAUCCUAAAAUAUAAUGAUUAUUUUGAAGGAUCUUGCCUCCUCAGGCCUAUAGUCUUUGCUCGCCAAUUUUAAAGAAAUACCAAUAAUAUAAGCAUUUUAAAAACAAUAGAUUACUAUUUGGUUGAUAGAUGGGUAUUGCAUGUGUGCCCUUUGCCGUAGGCUAUUAAUAAAAUUAUAUAAUGAAAAUUUUAUUCAGCCGAUUGAUACCAGCGAUAGAAUACAUUACUUAAUUGGGUCUUUCUUUGUGUAUCAAGCUUUAUCAAACUCAUUAAUAAUUCAUGGGGAAAACACAACAGAAAUUACGACCGUGAAGAUCUUGGCCAGAUUCACUUUAAUUUUGAAAAUUUUAGUGAAACACAAAGGAACUAACCUAGACGUUUGACAAGAAAUCUACAGUAUUCGUGCCCAUGUUGUAUCCGAUAUACAAACUCUCGACUAUACCUUGAUACAACACGGCCACUCAUACUGUAUAUAUUACUUAUUGGGGUUAAUAGCAUAUGAUGGACAAUUUUUUUGUAAUUGUACUUAUUGUAAAGCCUGGUAAUGAGGUUCGAUCAGCUGUUAGCAAAAUCAUUAUUAUACAGACUAAAAUAUAUCUGACAAUGGCAUACUAAAAAAAAACAAUGCCUGCAUGCUGAUAAACUUACAGACUGUCGUUCUCUGACAAACUGGAUUGUUGUUAAAACUCGCCAUGAAAAGCCUUGAUUGCAAUCCACUAUAAUCUAAUAAGUUGCAACAGCAAAUUACAGGAUUCCAAGCAUGCUAAUGAGAAUGAACUGUACAGUAGGUUUUGAACUCAAAAAAACCUUGGGUUGGUUUUCUUUCGAGUGUAAUAAAUAAUCCACCCAUUGAUUAAUCCA